GCUCAAGUUCUGGUAUAAUAGUCACUAACUACCAAUCGAACUAAACUACUCAUUGUACUCAAGUUCAUUACACAAAUCCUGGCAUGUUUGGAACUAGAAGGGGAGAUUGGGGCCGUGGCAGUAGGGCACGUGGACGUGGAAGUUACCGAGGAGGAGACGAGUCGCCUGGUAGGCAUAGGAAAGGCAAUGCCAGUGAUGAAGCAGAGGAACAAGUACGUGACCUUUUUUCAAAGAAAUUCCAGUUUCAUGAUGAAAUACCAAGCACAUGGAAAUUACCAGACCCACAACAAAUAUUUCAUCAUCCGCAAUACAGUCACCGUAGCCUUCUUGACAUAAGAAAUAAGCUGAACAGUGUGAAAAGUAAAUUGGAUGACAAGGAAAUCACCUCAUGGCACCGCCACACCAAGUUCACAAAUAGAGCUGGCAAUAUUAUCCCAGAGGUCCGUAAGAGACAUCAGCCUGAAUUAUGUACACAAGGCUGGACAAAGUUGCAUGAAAUUCUCACUGUCUUUAAUAUCGUGCCCGAUUCUGUAAUAAGGCUUAAUUCGUUACACCUUUGUGAAGCUCCUGGUGCCUUUGUUACUAGCUUAAAUCAUUACCUCAAAAUUCAUCGAAUGGAUAUUGUUUGGCAGUGGAGAGCAACUACUUUAAACCCCUAUUAUGAAGGCAACAGCACUGUAGCUCUCAUUGAUCAGGAUCGAUUUAUGAUAGAGACUAUUGACAAUUGGUAUUUUGGACAAGAUAACAGUGGCGAUAUAACGAUCUGGGAUAAUGUUAUUGGAUUAGUUGAGAAGGUGAAGAAAGAAUUGAAAGAUGUCCACUUGGUAACUGCUGAUGGUAGCAUAGAUUGUGCUAAUAGUCCUGCUGAACAAGAGACUAUUGUAUCUCAGUUAUUGUUUUGUGAAACAGUUGCUGCCUUUUUAGUAUUGAGGGAUGAUGGGACAUUCAUUCUGAAAUCAUUUACAACCUUGGAAUGCCAGUCAGCAUGUCUUCUUUAUUUACUGGCAACUUGCUUUAAAAAGGUUAAUGUUUACAAGCCAGUCAGCAGUAAGGCUGGAAACUCAGAGCAGUAUAUUGUCUGUGUAGGAUUUAAGGGCAGGUCUGUUAUCACUGAUGUUCAUUUGAAUAAAUUGAAGCAAGGAUUUAACGCUACAUUUUCUAACCGCAGUCUUUUUCCAAUGGCCUCUAUUCCUGAAUCAUUUUGGGCUCAACUUGCGGAAUGUUCUUUGAAAUUUAGUACAUAUCAAAUUCAUGCUAUUGAAGAGAAUUUAAGACUUUAUGUUUGUAUGAAAAAUUCAGAAAGGAAGCUAAUUAAAGAGGUUAAAGAUAUAUGCUGUGAAAAAUUUAUCGAAAGAUGUAAGCUAAAAAAGUUACCACGUGAUAAGGGAAUCUUACCAUCUCUACAUUUAGAUGGUGUUCAUGGCCUUCAUGCUGUAUCUCUUCCAGUGGUAUCGCUGUCUGAUGCUGUUCGUGAUAGACGAACAACUGGAUCAUUUAUAUCUCGAAUGACAGCAAUUCAGCGACCAUGGGCUGAUACUGUACAAUCUAUUAAACUCUCUGGAGAAAAUUAUUCAGUUAGUACAACAGGAUUAUCUGAUGCUGGUAAACUUGUGAUUCAUUGCUUGGGCUACACCGGUACUGGGCAUGAAGAUGAAGGUAUUGGCAGCAUUGACAAAGAACAAUCUUUGUCUGCAAUUGCUGUUGAACCAGAUGACGUCUUCUGGUUGAAAUCUAGACACAUACAGAAAUCAUUUGAUAAGCAAAAUCUUCAUACACUGGAUGGCAAAAGGGUGGAAAAGGUGACAAAUAGUAAGUUCUGCUCCAAUGAAUCUUUAAGAAAACUCACUGGUAUUAUUGACAAAGCUGAAAUAAUUCAAUCUAGCAAUAUGGCUGACUUUGCGCACAUUGUGUCAAAAUCCAUUCCUUGCCAUGCACUUCUUGCAUCAAAUCCUCCUUUUUAUUUAAAUGCAGAGGCUCUUAAUUUGGCUGCACUGGAUUCUCUUACUGGAGUUGUCAGUCAGAUAACAGUAGCUAGUGAGCAGUGUUUGUCAUUUGUUGAUCUGUGGGGUGGUCCUAGUGGUUAUGGACAGUAUGUUUAUUGGACAAAGUGCAGUCAUUCAAUUCAAGGAUGGGGUGUUGUCAGAUCUGAAGUUCGCUCCCUUCACCCGUCACCAAUGUUAGCACGCUUCGUUCAGUGGGAUACAUUUCAGAUUUUAGGCUCAGUACAAGGUUUAAAUAUAGUUAGCAAUGAUACAGUGAACAGUAUAGUUGCAGCUGUUCAGUCCGAAUGUCCUGAGGGUGUGCAGUUAGUCAUUGGUGAUGUUUCAUCACUUCCAUUUGGAUCACAUCCUCCUGGAAAUGAAGAAUGUCACACUAAGCAACAGUUUCUCACUCAGUGUGUAUGUGCUCUUAAGUUGAUGUCACAUGGAGGAUCCUUUGUUUGUCGUUUGUACAGUCUACUGACUCGAUUUUCUGCUGCUCUUUUGUAUCUAUUACAUAGUGUUUUUCAUGAAGUAGCUCUAAUUAAACCUAUAACUUCAUCUCCUGUGUCACCAGAACAGUUCAUUGUUUGCAAGGGAUAUGUAGGAUGUCCUACUAUAAUUUGUGAUUUGUUAUUGGAAGUGAACAAUCACAUAUCUGAUCUGAAGCAACACCAAGGCUAUGGACACAGUGGUUCAACAUCUGAUGUUUUGGAAAUAAUCCCAGUGCAACAGUUGUUUGAUGACACGUUCUACCAAUAUCUUGCAUCACACAAUGAGAGAAUGCUAAAAUUGCAGGCACACACACUUUUAAAGCUGGAAAAGUAUUACCUUGAACCACAAGUACUUUCCAGAGAUGAUAUUUCAGAGAAGUUAAAACUAGGUAUGCUAGAACUAUUAAAGCUACCAAAACAAAUAAUGUGAUAAAUUUGUGUUUUGUGAGUCAACAGAAACAGAAAUUAAUUUCUUGGUUAUUAAAAUUAAA